GUCGCCAGAGUCUGUGAGAACGCUGUAGUAUUAGACUCAAUUGGUGCCUAGUGAUGCCAGGACAGGCUGUCAUUGGACAUCGCGCGUAAGUCCGUCGCAAUCGAGGCACCCAAGGCGUGUCCGCCGAAUGUCAUCUACCAGUCUUCUCGCUCCACCAUCUCCAUUGCAGGUCCAGGCUGCUUACCUCAGCAGACCCAUUCCCACCAGCUCGAGUGGCUCCACACUCCGCACCACCUUUGAGUCCACGUCUCAAGAACGCGACCCUGGAUGAAGCUCAUGAUACAGCUAAUGAAGGACAGCCAACCGAGAAACCCGCGAUUCCGACAUCACUAUCCACCACGACCAGUCCUCAAGCACACAAGACAGGGCAUUUGAUAGGCCACGACGGUUUAGCCACCACACCGGCGCAGCCAGGACAUCCUGACCAACCACACGAUACUACCACGCAACCAUGGCCGAAGAGCUUCUCGACCAAGUUAGGGACCUGGUCGAUGGCCAAAUUGAUUUUGAGGGACAGAAGCUCGCGGAACUCCUGACCACAGUUAUUCUUUCUGCUGCCGGCCUCGUCGCCUUUGCCGUCGGCUUCUUCCUCCAAGACAUUGCCCUCGCCCUCAAGAUUGGUCUUGCCGGGACGGCUCUCUCAUUCCUCAUCAUUGUGCCACCGUGGCCCUUUUUCAACAGACAUCCGGUCAAGUGGCUUCCUAUAGGAGGUGGUACGGCCGUGGCAGCGUCACAGCAGAACAUAGUCAUCGACGAGAAGAUGUUUGUCCAGCAUUGACCGGGCUUGUCACUGCAGUAUGGAGAGAAUAAAGGAUUCAUCGCUAUUGUGGGAUGUUAAGUG